UCGAUGCUGUGAGUUCCUCCUCUCCGUGUUUGGGGGGGGUGAACACAGGAUUCUCUCUGCUUUCCUCUCAGUCUGCAAUCAGCAACGGACACACACACACACACAGACGCAGCAGCUAUGAGCGCAGGCGAUGUGGUGUGUACAGGAUGGCUCAUAAAAUCCCCUCCGGAGAAGAAGCUAAAGAGAUUUUCAUGGCGAAAGCGAUGGUUUGUUUUGCGGAGGGGUCGGAUGAGCGGGAAUCCUGACGUUUUGGAAUAUUACCGUAGCAAGAGCUCCCGGAAACCAAUCAGAACCAUCGACCUGCAAGAGUGCGAGGUCACCAUCGAGGCAGAAGUGCGGCCCAUUAAACGCCAGUAUCAGAAUCAGCACCUGUUUGUGGUCAAGACAGCCACACGCAUCUUUUACCUGCUGGCCAAAACGGCAGAAGAGAUGAACAUCUGGGUACAGAACAUUGGACAGAUUUGUACGUUUGGAGGACUGAACAGACAUGCAGAAUCAAUGGACAGUCUUAAUCUCACUCCCUCUUCCCAGCAGCCCUCUCCAGCACUCUCUCCUCAUGUUUCUCUUGUGGCCAAUCAAGACACAGUUACCGUCGAAAACCACGAUGUCCUUGACAGGCCCAGCGAAUCAGAGAUCAGCCCUCCACUUGACUACCUCUUCCUCUCUCAGUGUGAAACUGGCACAAAGAGCAUCGUCAGGUGUGACAGCAUCUCUAACUCUGAACGCUCCUUUGAGCAGAGCUCGUCUGAGUACACAGAGGAUGUGUUUAGCCCCACCCCACGCAUUGACUCCUCCCCCUCCCCUUUCCUUGUGGGUGGGGUGCCCGAGCCCCCAUUCAGCGCCCCCUGUGGCCCACUCUCUCUAUCCUCCUCCCUUUCGUCCUGCCUCUCAUCUCCCAUCUCUCUACGCCGUCCACCGGACAUUUUCAGAUUUGACAGGCCCUUCUACGGAACAUCAGACCCACAGACGCCUCCUCCCCUCCCACCCAAACCUACACACCUGUCCGAUCACCAUGUUAAUGACGAUACCGGCCAUAAUCAGACGCAACCUGCUCUCCUCCCUCGCAGGACGUCACUUUCAGGAAUAGACCAGUUUAGGAGAGGAGAGUUUGAAAAUGCUGGAAGAAACUGGAACAAACGUCUAAGCCUCAACCUGCCAAUAUUUCUGAAUACCACAGUUACCGAAAACCACUCUGAGGAUUCAUAUGUGCCCAUGGCCUCCCCACCGAUCAGCUGUUCUGAUGUGACUUCAGACGGCUACAUACCCAUGAGCCCCUCCACCCUGCCCAUCUCCCUACUCACCAACGGCAAAACAGAGCUGCCUUCGCCUUCGGAUCCUGACCUUGAGCCUCCUCCAGUCGACCGCAACCUUAAACCAAGAAGACGGGCUCGACCGCCACCUUUAGACCUACGAGGUCUGUCCACGAUUUCUGAAUGUCCAUUUCACGUUCCCCUCAUACGCACCAUGACAGAACCCAGCACAUCACUUCAGUUUGUUCCUUUGGACAGGCGGCGGGGAUGGGGAAUAAACGGUUCUGAACAGGAAGGGAGCAUCACGCCAACGGAUUUGCGGCAGAUGUUCCCGGCUUGUGAUUCUGCCCCCUGGAUGAGGCGUUCUCAGCUGGAUUACUUGUCACUUGACUUCAAUUCGGCCUCCCCCUCACCUGUCCAGAAGAAACCGCUGCUGGCAGACGAGUACACGGUCGAUUACGUGCAGGUAGACGAGAAGAAGACACAGGCUUUACAAAGCACCAAGAUGGAGUGGAAGGAUGUCCGUCAGUCAAAAGCCUAAAGCCCUCUCAUUUUAAAUUAUUACAUGGUUCAAAACUUGACUUGUUUUCAUCUCCUACAAUUUCAGGAACAUGUUGGGUUUUUUUUUUUACACUGCUGUGAAAAGAGCCAGUACAGAGCUGGACUGGAAACCUUCAGAAAUAAAAUGACAGAUUAUUCAGGAAAUUAUUCCAGGAUAAAAGACCUCCAACACAAUGAUUCAAGAAUAAAGCUUUGUUUUGUAGUUCUUAUACCAGGAAGACAAUUUCUUAUGAAUUUUUUAGAAUAUUGUUUUUUGGUUUAUGAGUAAAGUAAAAUAAGAGGUUGACCUCAAUUUGAUCUACAACAUAGAUUAUACACAGUCAUACCUCAAAUGUGAAUGAUGUUUUUUAAAACGUUGCUAACUAAGUGAUAAUAAGUGAGUACUAAAUCUACCAGAGGAAUGCGAGUUAAUGUGUAUGAUGAAGGUUCUCGUCCCAACUUGUGCUAACUUGUUAGCUACAUAAACUACUUUUCAAAAGUUUGG